AUGUGUGUGACAAUGGGCGACAUCAGCGACUUGGACCGCCAGAUUGACCAGCUCAGACGCUGUGAACUUAUUAAGGAAAACGAAGUGAAAGCACUUUGUGCCAAAGCCAGAGAAAUUCUGGUUGAAGAAAGCAAUGUCCAGAGAGUUGACUCACCCGUAACAGUCUGUGGCGAUAUACAUGGUCAGUUCUAUGACUUGAAGGAGCUUUUCAGAGUUGGAGGAGAUGUCCCAGAAACAAAUUAUCUCUUCAUGGGAGAUUUUGUAGAUAGAGGCUUCUACAGUGUGGAAACAUUUCUUCUUCUGCUAGCUCUUAAGGUGCGUUACCCAGACAGGAUAACUUUGAUCAGGGGAAACCAUGAGUCCCGGCAAAUCACCCAAGUCUAUGGGUUUUAUGAUGAGUGCCUCAGAAAAUACGGCUCUGUCACAGUUUGGAGAUAUUGCACAGAAAUAUUUGACUACCUGUCCCUCUCUGCUAUUAUUGACGGAAAGAUAUUUUGUGUCCAUGGUGGCUUAUCGCCUUCAAUACAAACACUGGAUCAGAUUCGGACCAUCGACAGAAAACAGGAAGUGCCUCAUGAUGGGCCUAUGUGUGACCUUCUCUGGUCAGACCCAGAAGAUACUACAGGAUGGGGUGUGAGUCCAAGAGGUGCUGGCUACCUUUUCGGUAGUGAUGUCGUGGCCCAGUUCAAUGCUGCCAAUGACAUCCACAUGAUUUGCAGAGCACAUCAGCUGGUCAUGGAGGGAUAUAAGUGGCACUUUAAUGAAACAGUGCUUACUGUGUGGUCAGCACCUAACUACUGUUACAGAUGUGGUAACGUGGCUGCCAUUUUGGAACUGGAUGAACAUCUACAACGGGAGUUUAUCAUAUUUGAAGCAGCGCCACAGGAAACGAGAGGCAUUCCUUCAAAGAAGCCAGUUGCAGACUAUUUUCUGUGA